UUCUAUUCUAGAAAUUUUUGAUUCAUUUCUCUUUUUUAAUUUAUAUUUCUUGUUUACACAUAUUUUUCAAAUACUUUCUAUGUUUUGUCUAUCGUUUUAUUUGACCUUUUUCAUUUGACACAUUUGUUUUGAUCGUUGUACAUGUACAUCUGUAUAUUUGGCACAAAAAUCACUCAAUUUCACAGUGAGCGUACACAAUUGAUUCGAUUUUUGCGAGAAAAGUUGAAUUUUUAAGACAAUCCAUAAUUUAAAAAAAAUAUGCCAACCACAUCGAAAAAUCGCGUAAGAAAAUGCAUACGCAACCGAAGGAAUAAACUUAAUCGGGCGAGAGUGUUGAAAAUUUUGGCAGCCGCAAUGGAAAAUGUUGAUGGUGAAGCGUCUGGUCCAUCGACAUCUGCUGAACCGGAGUCAUCAACGGAUUUUUAUAACACAGGGCGCGUUGGUCGACGUAAUGCAUUACCCGAUAUUUUGUCUAGUCAUGCGACCGUUUCAACGGCCGAUCUUCCCGAACAACUUAGUGCGUUAACAACAAGUGAUAAAAGUGUGGCAUCAACAAGUAGCUCAAAUGUUGGUAUGGACAUACAACCCACAACCAGUACAACUCAGAUAUCGACCACGAGCAGCAGUUGAAUACAUUCAUAAACAUUCGUAAAUUAAGAUGCACACCAAAUUACAACAGAAAAUACAUACACAUAUUAUAUAGUUAAAAUAUAUACGAUUCAAUUGAAACGACAAACCCCUGAAAAAAAGAUUUCAACGACAAGAAAAACCAAAUGAGCCGAAUCACAAAAAAGAAUGGAAUUUAAUGCAUAGAAAUUAUCAUCAUAAUAUAUUUUUUUGUAGUUUAUAUAAAAGCCUAUAGACGUUUCUAGUUGUAUAAACAAAACUCAUGAAAGUUCUAUGAUAUAAUUUGUCACAUUUAAUUUAUGCUAUUUCUGUGAAAUGUAAGUGCUAAAACUUUCGGAAAAAAGUAUGAUUAUACAUCAAUAUUUUGUAAUGCACACCCUCACUCUCACUCUCUUGACUUCUCUCUAUCUCUCCUUUGUGUCUAAAUGAUGUUGUAAUGACCCAUCGAGACAUAAAAAUAUGUGAUUUGAAAAAUACUAUAAUUUUAUUUGCUUUGGGACAAAACGAAGUUCUAUAAUUUUAUAUAUAAUUUUUUUUUCUCAACCGAAAUACAAACUCACGAAAAAAAAAAUCAACAAUCUAUUUAUAUGUAUAUCGAUAUAAAUUUGUUUGUCUAGUAAGAUGUCAAUGGGGAUCAAUUGAGAAGCAUAUUUUGGUUGAUCAUUAUUUUUCGUUCAACUCAAUAAACUUGUAUCGCUCGUGUAGACUUUCUAUAUACAACACACAUAUAUACACAUAUAUACACUAUCGACGGUAGUGUGAUAAGCAGAAAUUGUAGUGUGAGCUCAAUAUUAAAUAAACAAAUUAGAAAAGUUUAAUCGAAAAAACGACAAGAGAUGAAAAUAAACAAAACUGUACCAUGACAAAACCAAUUCUUAUGUCAUUUUUAGCCAAAAGUGAUGAAAUAUUUUUGAGAUUCAAGGAGGAACCGAUCACUGUACUAUUAUGACAGGGAAACAAAAGGAAAUGCGAAAGACAAAACUAUCUUGUAACAAUAAAAGUAUGACCAAAACAUCA